AUGAAGUUAAUUAUCUUCGUCACUCUUUUGGCUAUCUUUUCUGCAGGAUUCGCCGGUGCUAUUGUGACUGGAAAUUAUUUUGACCGUAUUUUUGUCAUCUGGUUCGAAAACCAAGAUUACUCUAGUGUAGUAAAUAAUACCUAUUUGACCAGCUUAUAUAAUAGUAAUGAAGGAGAACUUCUUACUAAUUAUUUCGCAGUUUCCCAUCCAUCUGAGCCCAAUUAUGUUGCCUCAAUUUAUGGUUCAACUGCUGGUAUCACAAACGAUGGUGAUUAUAAUAUCACUGGAUGUAAUGUAGUUGACCUUCUUGAAGCCAAAUCUAUUUCUUGGAAAGGUUAUUUCGAGAACUAUACUUGCGGCGUUUGUUAUACCGGUGACUCUUGCCCCACGAAAAAGGUGGAUUCCUCCGUACUUGAUACUGAUAUAAGUGGUAACACUGUACCACAAUUUGCUUAUUACGUGCCAAACCUAAAUGACGAUGGACAUGACACUAGUUUAACCUAUGCGAUGAAUUGGUUCCAAACCUGGUUUAAUGCGAGACGUACUAAUCCAAACUUUAACACCAACACAUUAUUUGUCGUUAUUUGGGACGAAGCUGUAAGUUCAACAUCAAAUCAAGUCUUCGCCAUGCUUUAUGGUACUCCAGUCGUUCCUACAUCUAAUCAUGACGAUAAUACUGCUUAUACUCAUUAUUCAAUCAUGAAAACUGUCGAGGCAAAUUGGAAUUUAACUAAUUGUAACAGAAAUGAUGUUACCGCGAAUCAGUUUAUGAACUUAAGACAUCCUUAA